AUGAUGCAUUUACUAAGUACAGAACCUUCCGAUCUAAAAGGUUACCUAACCCUCCUUGGUGGUUUUACAAUGCACUUAGCAUGCGGUGCCUUAUAUAUGUGGGGUACAUUAAAUGUAUACAUAACCUCAUAUUUCCGUUUAGUCGAUGAUCCAACUCUUUCUAUAGAAACCGGGGCUUCGAUAUUUCCAGUUAUGAUGUGUUGUGUGGCUACAGGAAUGCCUUUAGGUGUUCGGGCUGUGAAAAGAUUUAGAAGUGCAAGAUUAUAUUGUUAUUGUGCGGGUGCUGCGGCUACAUUUUGCAUUUAUAUAUCUAGUUUUGUAUUGUCCUUUUAUUAAUUUAUAUUAAUAUAUGGUAUUAUGUUUGGUAUAAUUACUGGUACUAUGUAUUAUAUUCCGAUAUAUAUGGGUUCGUUAUAUUUCCCGAAAAAAAAAGGGUUGGUUUCUGGAAUUAUAUUAAUGGGAUAUGGAUUAUGUUCUUUAAUUUUUGGAUUGACUUUCUUUUCUUUAGUAAACCCAAAUAAUAUGAAACCUAUAUACGACGAGGAGCAUAUAAAUAAAUAUUUUUAUGGAGAAUCCGAAGAAGUGGCCCGAAAUGUACCAAAAGUAUUAAGGAAAUUAUGCCAAUAUUAUAUUCUAUUGUUUAUGGUAGCCUAUAAUUAAUCCUAAUCUAAAUAUUAAAAAGAAAUUUCUGCCUCAACAACUACAGGAGGACUUGUACCUGCUAAAAAAAAAGACGAUCAUGAUAACCAUCACUAUCCUUUACCAUGCCCUAGACCUAAAAUAGCCGUUAAAACUCAAUAAUUUUAUGUUUCUUUACUCGUUGGUAUUCUUUCACUUGGUUUAGGUUUACUAGUAAAUGGUAACUAUAAAACUAUAGGAAAAAAAGCUACUUCAGAUGAUUCUUUUUUAACUAUUUGUGGAGCUUUUGCAUCUAUAGCAAAUGGUGUUUCUAGACCUUUAUGGUCUAGUUUAUUAGACAAAUACUCAUUUAGGAAUAUAUUUUCGAAAUUAUUGAUUUUUGAAAUAAUUUUAGCUUUUAUUUAUAGAUUAGCUUUUAUACAUAAAUUUAUAUAUUUAGUAUGGGUUUUUGCCUGUCAUACGGCUUUUGGAGGAAUUAUGGCUAUGUUCCCAGUUUUAGCAGGUUAACUUUUCGGAACUAAAGUAAGUUCUUUAUUAUAUGGAGUGUAUUGGUAUGGAUUCGGUAUAUCGAAUUUCAUUUAGUUUUUGAUGGUUUAUAAUCUUUCAAAAAAAUACUCAUUUGAAUUAAUUGUUUAUAUCGAUGGAAUAUUUGCGCUUUUAUGCUUGGGUAUUAUUAGAUUUUAUAAUUUAAAAACUGAUUGGUCUAAAUAUUACAAUUAAGCAGGUGAACUUAUUAAAAAAUGA